AUGUUAACCGGAAGAAGUCUGUCGUCAGUGACUAAUCUACCAGUCUUGCACCAAGUAACGAACCAAGCAAGCGGCACAAGUUCAGGGAAGAUAGGAGGUAACAGAUAUAAGGGAAGACAUUACAACCCACUGUUUGAUAGGUCCCUAAAUCACCACCCAGCUCCCUACUUCCAUCCUAAUCCUCAGACGUACAAUGCCGACUUCAAUCCUCCUUAUCAAACUUAUCAAAGAGGAGGUAAUCCGAGAGGAGGAGGAAGAGGAAACGCUCCUAGAGGUAGCAGAGGUCGUGGUAAUGGUACACGUCCAGCGAUAGGACCGGGAAGUUUUGAUCGAAAUUUAGGUUCAGCUGGUGUUAAGAACGGAGAAAAGGCUGUCGGAAGUACUACUUCAAACUCAACUGACAUCAAGUUGUUAAAUUCUUUGCCUAACAACUGUUAUGUUCCCGUUCCUAUAAACAUUGAUGUGGUAGUUCGAGAAAAGUUGUCAACAGAAUGCUAA